UCUCCAAAAAAAACGAAAGAAAAAAAAAAGAAACUAUUUCCCCCUCUUUGUUUGUGUCAUCAAAGAAACCCUAAUUGAUCUCGAUGAGGCCAGUCCCGACGGAUCUGCUAUCGAGCGGCGCGGAGACGAGCCACGUCCUGGCGAUAUCGGUGUUCGUCGUCCUCAUAUGCCUCUGCAUUCUCAUUGGCCACCUGCUUCAGGCGUUCAAAUGGCUCAAUGAGUCCAUCGCAGCCAUUUUACUCGGAUUCAUAGCAGGAGCUAUUGUAUUGAUUUACAGCAAAGGGACAAAAUCUCAUGUCUUAAGGUUCGAUGAAGAAAUAUUUUUCGUGUAUCUUCUUCCACCGAUAAUCUUCAAUGCUGGCUUUCAGGUCAAGAAGAAGCAGCUCUUUCACAACUUCCUAACCAUAAUGCUCUUUGGAGUUGUUGGAGUUUUUAUUUCUUUCAUAAUCCUUUCAGCUGGCAGUUGGUGGCUCUUUCCUAAAAUUGGUUUUGAACGACUUGAACCACGAGAUUAUCUUGUUCUCGGGACAAUAUUUUCCUCCACGGACACUGUUUGUACACUACAGGUCCUGAGCCAAGAUAAGAAUCCUCUACUGUACAGUUUGGUCUUUGGAGAAGGGAUCAUGAAUGAUGCCACAUCUGUAGUCCUUUUUAAUGCGAUUCGAAAGAUGGAUGUCUCUAACCUAAAUGGAUCAACGGCACUUCAUGUUUUUAGAGAUUUCUUGUACUUAUUCUCAACAAGCACCGUGCUAGGAAUUGUGAGUGGCCUUUUAACUGCAUACGCGCUUAAAACCUUCUAUUUUGGAAGGCACUCAACUGACCGUGAAAUAGCUCUCAUGAUCCUGAUGGCAUAUUUGUCAUACACGCUAGCCGAGCUUUUUGAAUUGAGCGGAAUUCUGGCUGUCUUCUUUUGUGGAAUUGUCAUGUCACAUUAUGCAUGGUAUAAUGUGACUCAAAAAUCAAGAACCACAACAAGGCACACUUUUUCUACAAUGUCGUUCAUUGCAGAAACUUUCAUCUUUCUUUAUGUGGGCAUGGAUGCGCUUGACCUUCAGAAAUGGCAGGUGACAGGGGCAAGUUUGAAGACAUCGUUUGGUAUAUAUGGUGUUCUCAUUUGUCUACUUUUGCUUGGGAGGGCUGCUUUUGUUUUCCCUCUCUCUGCUCUAUCCAAUUACAUGAGUUCAAAUGUUGAAAAGUCGACAAUCACAUUCCAUCACCAGGUCAUAAUUUGGUGGGCUGGCCUCAUGAGAGGAGCUGUUUCUGUUGCUCUAGCAUUUAAACAGUACACGGAUUUUGGGGUUACGUGGAAUCCAGUUCAUGCCACAAUAAUCACAAGUACAGUAGUUAUCGUGCUCUUCAGCACUAUGGUAUUUGGACUUCUAACUAAGCCUCUCACUGAUGCAUUGCUUCCUCAAAGUGAACGAGGUAAGAAUAAUCACCAAAACAGAAAAUCAUUUGAAGAAGACCAAAUCCUUCCACUUCUCUCACAAGAGAACCCCCUUCAAACAAAGAGCACUUUAGCUCUGCUAUUUGAAAGGCCAGUCCGAACUAUCCAUGUAUACUGGAGAAAGUUUGAUGAUAACUACAUGAGGCCACUCUUUGGUGGUCCUUCUCCUUCGACCUGAGAUCCUGUGCCACUACUUCAGGAAAAUUGUCAGAAUUUAUUAUUUGCACUUUUAUUCUUCUUUUUCCUGCGUAUAUAAGCUGAAAGCUCAUAGCAGGAAGUUUUGUUAUUGCAAGUAACAACUUUCUUUGUUAAAAGAGAGAAUUUUACCGAUCGCGCCAAUACUGAAUCUCUCCGGCUUUUCAGAAGAAGAUCAAGGUGCCAUUUGCAAACGUGAUAUAUUUGCAAAAAGAAUGAAAAUGGGUGCUAUUUAUUCUU